AUGGUAAGUUCAGAUGAGAGUACGUCGCGGGACCAUUCUUCUAGAGAGAGAGAAAUAGUCAAUGAUGAGCUACAAUCUCAGAAGAGCAAAGGCGAUCCCCCUCGCAAACGUUCAAAAGUAUCGAGAGCCUGUGACAGUUGUCGAAGGAAGAAAAUAAGGUGUAACGGAGAAUAUAGUGCAAGCUUGGAGCAGGUCACCAAGGUGUGCGAUAGUUGUGGUAAAAGUAAUGAACCUUGUACAUUCUCAAGAAUACCUCUAAAAAGAGGACCCUCAAAAGGGUACAAUAAAGAUUCUGAUGAGAAACCAGAGUUUAAGUCAAGGUAUCUGUCUACCUGUGAUAUAUAUGGGAAACCCCAGUUGCUUUCUUUUUCUCAAAAUACGCAUGCCUCAAAAAAUUCCAUAUCUGGUUCUAAUUCACCGCCAAUAGUACUUCCCCCAUUGAUUAAUGUGCAGCAGCCUCCAAAAAAUUCACAAAUGGCACAAGGAAUUGCUCCAAAGUCUAACCCAUCGAGCCCUAGAAGUAGUAUUACUGGUAUUUUGAAUCCGGAUAACGAGCAAUCUCAGAGUUCACAUCUUCCGUUAUCGGUUUACCAAAAGAGUCAACCCCAACCUAUCCAGGGACCAUUUUGGAAGGUUCCUUAUGAGAUGCCGACUGGUUCGACUUCAAAUAGUGGCUCCUAUAGCAGUACGAGAAGGUAUUCUCUUGAUUCUACUACGUCAAAUUCUACCGUUGGAUCUUUAUCUUCAAGAUUGCCAAGUAUCAAACCAAGUAUAUCCGUCACGACCACUGAAAAUAAUUCCGUUGAUAGCGAUAUUGACGACUUUUAUUCUGCUAGUUCUUCAAGGAGACAAAGUUCUCAAAGUUUGAGUCCUAAGAACUCAAUUGCUUCUUUAGGCAGCUUACAAGGUCGAAUGAACAAAAAUUUGUCAAUUCAAUCGUCUCCGUUGUCAUCCAAUUCACAAAUGUCACCCAUGUAUACUUUUCCUCCUUACCAAGCUCCUAGGCUGUUUCUCGGCACACACGUAUUGCAUAGCAAAGUCCUUAUUGAAAAUAACUUGCGCAUCUACUACGCAAAAAUUCAUACAAAUUUCCCCAUCCUACCUUUUAGUGAACAGUACAUUAAUCAAAUUGUCCAAAGUGUGCUAAAUGAGGAAUCAAAUAGGAUAAUAAUUGAAAUUUUCGAUGCAGCGCUUCUAGGAUUAAUCAACUACAAAAACUUGAAUCUCAAUGAUGCUAUCCUGUGUUUCAUUAAAAUGUUUUCAAUGUAUCCUUUUAAUGAUAGCAGCAAAAUUGAUGAAUCUAAUCUCAUAUUAUUUUUCAGCUCAUUGGUAAUAGCUAAUUAUUCAAUUCUUUUGAAUGGAAGCUUCUACUCAUUGGGAAUUUCAAUGACACUUUCAAUAUUCAAUGACUUUAAAAUUUUGGAGAGCUUUUUUGAUCUUACUCAACAAGGACUCAAAGUAAGUGAUUCUGAUAAUACAAGGCUUUUGUUUCCUAGAUUGUAUUAUUUGAUGUCCAUUAUUGAUAAUUCUUGCUCGCUUACAUUUGGAAUUCAAAGAUUUACGAACAACCCCUUAAUGAGUGUCAUGUUUCGGCAUUUAGACUACAUUCUUCCCUUUGAUCCAAAUAAUCCUGGAAAUAUUGACUUAUUGAGAGGAACUGUCCUAAACGACUUGGUAUCUAUUCGAGACUUAUCUGUCAUGAAUGGGCGACCCUCUCAAUUUCGCAUUACUGCCACAAACUGGACCAAUAUAGAGGCUAGGUCUGCAAUUUCAAGCUACUUCAUUAAUCUUGUGGCUACAAAAUUUGAACUAGUAGAUUGCAUAAUAGAGCUUAGUGAUAUUUUGUGCAAACUGUCUUCUGCUCGAUUCAACGAUCAAGAUGACUUUUGGGAAUUAUGGAAUGAUAGCCAACUCAAAUUACUCAGAUUGGUCCGGAAAUUGGCUACUUCGAUUACUAAUUUCUCAAAUUACUUAGGAAAUGGGUCUACUUCUGUCGAAUUUGUUAGUCCCUUUAUGAACCUUUCAUUUUCUCAGUUAUAUAGGUUGAUCAAAUUGUGCAAGCUAACAAUUGAUAGCUUAUUCAAAUAUGGAGACAAAAAGAACUUGGAAAUAUUAAACAGGUGCAUCAAAAUUAAUAAUGAUUUGUCUACGGCAUUUAAUGUAUUAAAUAUAAACUUGGAAAAAUCAGGUUUGGGAACAGUAGCUGUGAAUUUUAUCAAGAAUAGGAUUGAUUCGUUCAACUUCAAUUUUGAAUCGUCCUACAAUGAACCACUUAAAAAUUCUUCAUUGUUGAUCAACUCCAGUGACGAAAAUAGCUUUGUGUUGUGGAAGUCUGAAUUUUUGAUCAAUAUUGUCCCAUUUGCAAGAAAAGAAAGUUUAAAUGGGUGGUGA